AUGCCUUUCCUCACGCCCAAGAAUACAGUGAGCGCGGCCCCGGCCUUUGUAUGGGAUGCCUUCCCUGCACCGCCCCCGGAGGCUGAGACGUGGACACCAGAUCCUGAUUGCAUCGCCAGGCCCGGAGAUCUUCCAGAUCCUCGGUUCAACCGUGACCCGGAACAUGACCGUCGUAGCAAGUCCUUUCGAAAGGAAGCGAAGAUGCUUGCUGCAGCACAACAACACAGCCAGCUGCCGGAGUCAACAUCUACAAACGGUAAAUCUCUAGGUCUUGGGAUCGGUGCAUGGCCUGCUCCAGCUCCACGCAGUACAGGUUACCCUCGUGACCUGGUGCGAGGCUCUGGCUCUCCCUCACCUCCGGCGGACCCUGUCGGCGAAAACGUUCAAAUCUCUAGGCCCAAGCUAGCUGCAACGAAGCCAGUCGCACGCGUCGCAGGUCCUCCCAAGGGCACAAUGGAGCUCAUGUCUGCGCCAUACCAUCGCCGUCCAGAGACGCCAGUCGCAUCAAAGGCUUCCACACGCUCAGUUUCACCCGUAAAGAGGCAACUCUCGGCAUGGGAGCUCACGAUGGAGAAGGCACUUGCCGAAGCUGCUCCAGCGGCCACUGCAAAUGUCUCGACUCGACCUGAGACUAGUCGCAAGAAGUCCAUGCCUCCGCACCUGAGAGGCAAGCCAGACGAGACUAUCAAAGCAGCUCAUCAGAAGUCCGUCACAGUCAGCCUGAACCCGAAUGCCAAGGUAUAUGAGGCUCCGGCCGAACAAGAGGAGGUGGUUGAGAAGGAGGUAGGCGAAUUCGAAGAUAAGAUCUUAGCAUGGCAAGUGGUUAUGGAAGAUCCCGGUAUACAGGAUCCUAGAGAUGGCUUGCGCAUGCAGCAAGAGCUGCUGAACCGAUACAUCGUCAACAACCAGCUUCCUCCUCCUCUUCCUCCUCCUACUACUACCGCCGCCACCGCAACCACCGUCAGCAAUCGUGUACACGUUGAUCAUGCCACCAAGAUCAAAGUGUUGCUCAUACGCGCCAUGGAACACGAGAUGGAUCUUGAGAAGGUUGCACCCGAGCGAGAGCUCAUGGUUAUGCAGCGCGCUGAGCUUGACAGUUACUGUAACAAAGUCAGCUCUGCCCACAAGCACUGGUGGCAGGCUAUGGGACCGGCAUGA